GGCUUAAUCGAGCUUGAAUACUUGCCUGCUGCCCUGCUUUUUUAUAUAUAUCAACCCAAAUGCUCGAGAACCUUUGUUGACAGUCGCGACUUUCCCACUCUCAAGUCGAAAGUCGAAACCUCAACGCACAGCUAACCCUAUUCCCCUCUCCUCUUUUAGCAUAGAGAGGUAGAGUUCACAGCUUGUUUGAUCUGGGAGAUUUGGAUUGUCGUGCCUGCGGAAAUGCUUCCGCUUUCUCUCCUCAAAACAGCCCAGGGGCAUCCCAUGCUGGUGGAACUCAAGAAUGGGGAAACUUAUAAUGGGCAUUUGGUAAAUUGUGAUACUUGGAUGAAUAUUCAUCUCCGGGAAGUCAUCUGUACUUCGAAGGAUGGAGAUAGGUUUUGGAGAAUGCCAGAAUGUUAUAUUCGUGGGAACACAAUUAAAUAUCUUCGGGUUCCAGAUGAGGUGAUUGAUAAAGUUCAAGAAGAAACAAAAAGCCGAACAGACAGGAAGCCACCUGGUGUAGGGCGUGGCAGGGGAAGAGGUAGAGAAGAUAACGUUGCUGGAAGACAGGGAAGAGGAAUUGGGCGUGGGAUGGAUGAUGGAGCUGCCAAAGGCCGGGGAAAGAGUGGCCCUGGUGGCAAGCCCAGUGGAAAAGUUGGAGGUCGCGGGCGAGGCUAAUAAGUUUGAAGGGUCCAUUGAUAGCCAGGAUUGCCUGCCACUUGCAACACAGAGGGGCAUGGUAGACAUGUUAAAGUGUGUGGAUUGAAGAAACAUCUCAUCUCUUAUCCUGCUUCCUCUUAUGGUUGGAGAAUCAUUAAUGAAAAUGUAUUUUGGGUUAUUCCUUUAUUGUAUUGUUGUCAAUUGUCAUUAAUAUUUGUUAGUGGGAUGGAAUGUAACUAGCCUUUUAAAAGUGUUUUAACUUUGUGAAUUCCAUUUGUGAUAGUGGGACUGGAAAGUGAUCUACACCCUAGACUGAUAGUCUGAAUUCCAAUUAUUAAAAUUUUAACAAUUUUAACAUGGAUGUGAAUUCCAUCUCGAUCUGUCAUAGUUAACAUGAUCAACAAUUUUAUGCCGCUCCUUUGAGGUUGACAGUCUCAAAUUCAG